AUGGUGAGAGAAACACUAACACCAAAGUCAAAAAAGAUUGCAGAGCUUAAGGAUGAAAACAGGGGGCUAAAAAGAUCUGUCAGCAAAAUGCUGGAAAAGUGCAGUAUCUCAAUUGAGCUUUCAGAAGUCAAGGAAAAAUGUUAACAAGCCAAAAGUGAAGUUGAACAGCUAAAACAGCAGGAAAUUGGCUUACAGAAGAAGGUGUCACAUAUAAAAAAGCAAAAGAGUACACAGGCCAAUGAAAUUGAUUUGCUAAAGGAACGUAAUGCUGCAAACAUAUUAAAGCUUGAAUCAUGUGCUAAAGAGUUGAACGAAAAAAACAAAGAAUUAGAACAGCUUACUUGCUUGCUGGAGGAUGAGACAAUCAGCACAUUUGAAGAUGGCAAGUAUGUUGACGAAGUGCGAGAAGUAAUCAUGGACCUUCUAGCCAUGAAUGUUUCAAUGAGCAAAGUCAAUGAAGUAAUACGAACUGUUUUGAAAAAAUUGACCGGGAAAAGUUUGUCAAGACUUCCAAGCAAGGCCGUCCACUCUCGCCUACUUGUUGAGGCUAAGCACCUUGCUGAUGUUCAGCUAGGGAGGGCUAUGCUAGAAGAAGCUGACCCUUCCCAGGUAGUUGGAAACACCCUGCACGGAGAUGGUACUACUAAAUAUCAUCGUCAUUACCAAGAUUUUGAGAUUACAACUCCCUCUUGUCAGACAUACUCAAUGGGCCUUCUUGAGUUGGGAAAGUCAGACACAGAAGCCAUAAUGGACUCAUUUAACUACAGGGUUAAGGAAAUUACACAAGCAUUGAGCAGUGGUGAGAAUCUAACAGUUGAAGAUAAAGUUGCAGAGUUGGUCACAUCCAUUAAGAACACCAUGUCCGAUCAAGGACCAACGAAUGCCACUUUUAAUGAACAACUGACAGAAUUGCGAAAGGAAUUACUCCCAAAGGUGGUGGAGAAAUGGGAAGACCUCAGUGAAUAUCCCUUGAGCAAAUGGGAAACUUUUAUUGCAAACUGCAUUUACUUGUGAAUCUUGGCGAGGAAGCAAACAAAGCCUUAAAAUUGUUUGAACAUGCUGCAACAGUAAACUGCAUUUACUUGUGAAUCUUGGCGAGGAAGCAAACAAAGCCUUAAAAUUGUUUGAACAUGCUGCAACAGAAAGCAGAAAUCCAUUAGCAUUUCUUUCUUCAAAUGAGUCUGGUUCCUGUAGGCUAACAAGAACAGCAUGUGAAGCUUUCCAUCCCCAUGGUAGUCAGACUGCUGGAGUGUCCGAGUAUUUUGAUGUGCAUCUCUCUGAAAAUGGUGUGGAAAGCAAACUGGUUGAGUUCAUUGGGAAUCUCUUCAACAUAAUAUUUUACAGCUCUGCUGCUGUUUUCUACCAUAACAGCCAUAUUCAAGAUUUCCUUUUCAAAUGGCCUUCACCAAAUCGCUUACUUCAGCUUGUGGCUAAAGACAUUGUAGAACCUGUCUACUUAGCAGGAGUUAGAGCCCUUGGAAUUUUGGAUAAAAUUGUCACUGGCCCCUUUUUCAGAUUAACUGAGACAGCAACGUCUGCUCUUGAACUCAAUCCCCAUUUGAAGCGAAUGCAAGAGUGUGUUGAACAAUGGAGCAUGGAUGCAUCCCCACUACUGGAGGGAGCAACUCCGUUUGAUGAAGAUAUCGUUCCUAUCCACCGAGCUAACAUAUUCGACAGCCUGUUUCAAGAACAAAGUGUUCAAUUGGAGACAUUGACACAAGAGGCCCUUGAGAUCAUUUUCAACUCGUGGAUCAUCCUCUUUGAAAGAAAAGCUCAAGAUCCACUCCUUGGUGGAAAGUAUGCAUCCCUAUCUUCUGAGCAGUUAGCACAGGCAGUAAAUGUUCCUGCAACUAACAUGGCAUCUGAGAGAGAUUUUGGAGUCUUUGACUUACUCUUGCAUUUGAGGCCUGCAGCAAGAUUGAUUUCCCAUGAAGCUCUUGUAAUGUGGACAAACAAUAAAACUACUGCUUGGCUUAAUUCACUGUCACCCGAAGACAAAGAAAAGUGCAUGGCUGAUGCCAGAGCAAAUACCGGUGCAAUUCUGGCUCGGUACAAGGAAAGAAAAGAGAAAAUUUUCCAGCAACGGAAGGAGAAGUUGUUAGAGAAACAGAGAGCAAAGGAGGAAGCCGAAAGGAAAUUGCGACAGCAAAGACUUAAUCUAGUAAACAGCAUUGCAGAGUUGGGGGGUCCA